AUGCUAGUAUUAGCGGAUAUCCUCGAAAUCGGCGUGUUAUGUUUGGUACCGGCCUACAACACAUACAAGCAGCUUAAAGCUACCGCCAAAAACCAAGGCAAUUUAGAGAAAAACCAACAGAUAUUCCAGUACUGGAUCGCGUACAUAACGUUCCGGGGGAUCGACGUCGCGGGCAGGUCCUUAAUGCCCAAUUACAAUGUCGUCAAAAUCCCGGUCGUGCUAUGGCUGGGCUUCAGCGGCGGCAUGGACUUUUGUUACCAGUGGAUGGCCAGAACAAUUUUAAUCAAUGUCGAACCUACCAUCGACCGGUGGUUCAACCGUAACAGCAUUCUGCACGGUCCUGGCAAUUUGCUCGGUUCAGACCCUUCGCUGAACAUCCCCCGAUCACCGUUCAACGUUGGACCAAAUAAUCCACGAAAUUGA